AUGAUCAAUGAUACGGAAGGCGUGAAGCGCAGGCCGGUGGAUUACACGGACUCGAGGUCUGCGCAGCCAUCUGAUGUUGAUGCCGCGGGAUCGAGUCUCCCGAGACCGAAUAAAAGGGGGAAUGAUUGUGAUGUGAUGAAGGCUGUGGCUCAUGCGACGGUGCCAGGUUGGGCGAAUAUGGUGUUGAUGGCUUCGUUGAUCCUGGGAGGAUGUUGUACGAAUGUUUUUGCGCUAGAGGCUAUCAUCAAACAACUGCCAACGGCUGGUCCCCUGAUCACCUUUGCGCAAUUCACACUAUGCGCCUUGUUCACCCUGCCGCAUUUCCUUUCCCUUUCUGCCGGCCCCAAAAACUUGUUCGUAAGCCCUCGGGCGAUUCCACUCCGGUCAUGGAUGAUUUAUACAGCUUACUUUGUCUCGGUGAACAUGUUGAACAACUGGGCCUUUGCGUAUAGGAUCUCCGUCCCACUGCAUAUCAUCCUCCGCUCUGGAGGACCUGUGGCAUCGAUGAUUGUGGGCUAUCUGUACAACGGCAGGAGAUAUUCCCAAGGCCAAAUAUUGGCCGUGGCGCUGCUGACUGCCGGCGUUGCUGCCGCCGCUUUGGCUGACGCGCAGGCCAAGGGUCAGUCUAUCGAUCUUUCGUCGACCACCGGUGCUGGCGACGAAGAGGUUUCACUGAUGACCACCGCGACUGGGUUCACUAUCCUCGCUCUGGCUAUGGUUCUGUCUGCGUUUCAGGGGAUCUACGCCGACAGAUUAUAUGGCAAGUAUGGGCGCGAUCACUGGAAAGAGGCGCUGUUCUACUCACACGCGCUUUCACUGCCUCUCUUCGUGACAAGUUACCCCCAGUUACUCUCUCAAUGGCGAAUCGUGGCAUCAUCUCCGUCCCUCCUAUCCAUCGUUUCGUCCUGGAACGUCACCGAGACGUCCUCGAGCGCGGUCAGCCAAAGCGUCAUCUCGAUCAUCACAGCUGCCCAGCAGCACAAAAGUCUCGCUGCUCUUCUGAACAAGAUCCCUGUUCAGGUUGCGUAUCUGGCCAUGAACGCUCUCACGCAAUACGUUUGCAUUCGUGGCGUCCACCUUUUAAGUGCCAAGUCUUCGUCGCUGACGGUGACGGUCGUUCUCAAUAUACGGAAGCUUGUAUCGUUGCUGCUUUCGAUCUAUUUGUUUGGAAAUGAUCUGGCUUCUGGUGUGCUCGUGGGGGCGGUCCUGGUUACUGUUGGUGGCGGUUUGUAUGGAUUCGAAGGGACGAGGAUGAGAAAGCGUCCUGCGAAGAAGGAUGUAUGA